UUCUUUCUUGAUUCAAGAUCUCGAUCGUUAGCUCUCCUGUUGGUUGAUAGAUAAAACUGAAGCCCUUCGUUUCCUAGCUAGCUCCUAAUUAAUCAGGAAGAGCUUUGACACUAUCUGUUGAUAUUUGAAAGCACAAGUCUUUUCUUCGAAGAUCUUUCUUGAUAUAUUUCUAUGAAUGCAAUGUCAUUCUGGGGAUGAGAAGAUUUGAGCAAGCCUGUGCUUAAUGGACUGCUCACCCACUAGCUGUGACAAGAAAACAUUAAAGAGGUGGUUCUUCAUAGACAAGAGAGUCGGGUAGAAGUAUCUCAGUUUCACAGCAGAGUCUGUUUUUGACAGAGUUUCUUUCAUACCAAUCCUAUACUGUAAUUGUACCUUGUAAGAAAAACCAAUCUGGAUCCGAUGGAGUUGAAGACAAACCAUGCUGCUCCUGUUCUCACCGAUCCUGCACCUACUAUUAGUAAGUCAAGACUAGGCAUCCAUUCUAGUUUGUUGCCAUAUUCACAGCAAGGAGCACCAUUCUCUGGCAAGUAUAUCACAAUUCCAAGGAAAAAACCAGGAAAGCUUGAUGAUGUCUGGUCCAACGGUUGGCUUGAUGCCAUGAAAUCCUCUUCACCUCCCAGAAAGAAGCUCAAUAAGGAUUUCAGUGUCGAGGUUGCUUCAGAUGAUACUGAUAAUUCUUACCUCUCUUGGAUGCUUAAGCAUCCAUCAGCACUCAAUUUUUUUGAGCGCAUUACAAAUUUUGCAAGGAACAAGAAGAUAGCGGUGUUUCUAGAUUAUGAUGGGACUCUUUCGCCCAUAGUUGAUGACCCUGAUCGUGCAUUAAUGUCUGAUGCUAUGCGUGACGCUGUAAGAAAUGUUGCAAAGUAUUUUCCAACUGCAAUCAUUAGUGGAAGAAACCGUGAUAAGGUUUAUGAAUUGGUAGGACUAACAGAACUUUAUUAUGCUGGUAGUCAUGGAAUGGACAUAAUGGGUCCUGUUACUAAUACAAACAGUGUGAAUUCUACUGACAAACAGGGCAAGGAAGUAAAGCUUUUCCAACCUGCUAAAGAGUUUUUACCUAUGAUCGACGAGGUUUUUAGAACCCUCGUUGAAAACACUAAGGAAAUCAAAGGCGCAAAAGUUGAAAAUCACAAGUUUUGUGCUUCUGUACAUUAUCGUAAUGUAGAUGAGAAGAACUGGUCAACAAUUGGUCAACGUGUUCAUGAUGUCCUAAAAGACUACCCUCGUUUACGAUUAACUCAUGGGCGGAAGGUAUUAGAGGUCCGCCCUGUAAUUGACUGGAACAAGGGAAAAGCAGUUGAAUUUCUGCUUGAAUCUCUUGGGCUAAAUAGUAGGGAUGAUGUGCUUUCAAUAUAUAUUGGUGAUGACAGGACUGAUGAAGAUGCAUUCAAGGUCUUGAAGAAAGGUAACCGAGGAUAUGGAAUUUUGGUAUCUCCUACUCCGAAAGAAACCAGUGCCUUUUAUUCUCUCAGAGAACCAGCAGAGGUUUACUCUCUCAUCCAUAAAAUUCAUGCGUUGUGUGAAGGCUGAUAUCAACGGUGUGCACAUUGUCUUCAUCUGAUCUAACCGAAGAGUUGAACUUUAUUUUGCAGGUGAUGGAAUUCCUCAAGGCCUUGGUGAGCUGGAAGGAACAGGAAGAAGCCAAUUGAGCUUGAACAUGGAGCACUUAGUGAUUUGAAUAUAGUAUAGGCUUUUGGUUUUGAAUAUUGUACUCGAGAAGAACUCUCAUGCGUUUAAAAGCUGGCUGGUUUAUCAAUAGUCUCAGUUCAGUGCUUAUCAAUUAUUUCAUGUCGAUCAUUUAAGCUUACAAGAAAAGUCUUUUCGUGCUAAGAUGUUUAGUCUGAUGAAGUUAUAUAUAUCCAGGAAGACAUUGCUAAGGCAAUGUUGGCUGCUCAUUGUCGCCGUACAGUAAUCUCAGUGAAGCAUCACAUC